AUGGCUGCACGAAGCUCAACCUCGUCUCGAAUCCCAUCUUCGUCACAAGGUAGGCUGCUACUUUGUUCUCAUGGUGAGAAGCCGGUGUUGCGAAUCUCGGGGACCAAGGAGAACCCAGGUCGCAGAUUUUGGGGUUGUGUCUACUUUGAGGUGCAAGAAGGUUGCAAUUUUUUUCGUUGGGCAGAUCCAGAGACAGAGGUGGAGUAUUCAGAAAUUGCUAGGUUAAGGAAGAAGCUUUCGAUGAUGAAAUCAAGAACUAAAGUGGCAGAGUGGAAGCUGAAGUUCGUUGCAGUGUUAGGAUUUUUUGGGUGGGUUGGGUAUAUUCUGCUGUUGUUUUUGGUGGUGAAUUGGUCUGGCUGGGGUUUAUGUAUUAGGGGGGUUCUUGAUUGUGGUAUGUUGAAUGUAUUUGAAGAUGUAAUAUGA